AUGGCAGGGCUGCGUUCUCCAAGCCAAGCCAUCCCAGCAGCUGGCGAAAGCGUAUGGGAGACGCGGCCUCUCGACAUGCUUUCGAGGAGGGGCGACAAGGUUCAAGGGCUGCACGUGCCGGCGAUUUUGGAUGGAAAGGAAGUUGUUGGCGCAAGGCUUGGCGAUGACCGCCGGACCGCCGGCAAGGAUGGCUAUGAUCAUCAUAAUGAGCCCACCGAAGCCCACCGUAGAAGCGGCUACGCUCCGAUAAGCGUGCGGAUCCACGAUAUUUAUGGAGUACAGAUCCAAGGGUCGGGAGCCAGGACAGUUGCCACGAUUGAAGCUGAGGGCCGUAUCCGCUUCCACGUCAUGAGUGUAUCUGAGGAUGGAGAGGUGUGGAACGUCUGGGUGGAAGAUGAUCAAGACCUAACCAAGGCUUGA